CUCUCUCGGGAAGUAUGUAAUGUAGUCCCUCAGUAGCGCACCAUCUCUUCUCUCAGCUCUGCUCGUGCACGAUGAUCAUUCGGACUCUUUCAGCGUGCAUCUUACUCUUCGUCGUCUGCUGUUAUGCGGAGGUGGUGAGGAGUAAGAGUAAAGUUUGUGCGAAUGUGUUCUGUGGAGCCGGUAGAGAAUGUGCGGUCACAGAGAAAGGACAAGCCACCUGCUUGUGUGUCGAGCAAUGUAAACCACACAAGCGUCCAGUUUGUGGCAGCAAUGGAAAGACGUACCGUAACCACUGUGAGCUGCAUCGAGACGCAUGUCUGACCGGACUCAAAGUACAGGUCGCCCAUGAUGGACAUUGUGAAGAGAAAAAACUGGACAAGAUUGUCAACAGCCCAAUAGUUUGUUACCUCGCUGACCGUAAUGAGUUGAGGAGUCGUGUGAUUGAAUGGUUGCAGUUGGAGGUGGAGCCUGAUGGUUGGUUCUCCAAAGGAUCCAACUUCUCAGAUGUCCUGCUCAGAUACUUCCAGAACUAUGAUAAUGGCGAAGCUCAGCUGGAGUCCUCAGAAUUCCUGAAGUUUAUUCAGCACAAUGAGACGGCCAUCAAUAUCACUUCUCCAUAUGCUGAGGAAGAAAACAACCGCCUACUUAGGAGUCUGUGUGUGGAUGCUCUUAUUGAGCUGUCUGAUGAAAACGCCGACUGGAAACUGAGCUUCGAAGAGUUCCUUAACUGUCUCAGACCUGGAUUCAACCCUCCCGAGAGACAUUGUGCUUUAGAAGACGAGACAUAUGAAGAUGGAGCUGAGACUCAGGUGGAAUGCAACCGCUGCGUCUGUGCCUGCGGGAACUGGGUCUGCACUGCUGUCACCUGUGAUGGUUUAAAUAGGUUACCUGCUCUAGAUGAAAUGGAUGGAAAUGACCAGGAUAUGACAGAAGAGGAAUGGACUCGAAGAGUGGCCGAACUCAAUAAACUUCAGGAAACUGCGGAGAAGAUGAAAGUGACCACCAAAGAUGUGUGAGAGAAGAUGGAGGGGAACAGGACAAAAUGAGUCCAGAUCUUUAAUCUCAACUAUUAGUUUAAUGAAAUGGGGUGGUUUAAAUGAAUAUUUUCUUGUUGGUUUGCUAAUUAUUGCAUUUUUUAAACAUUUUUCUUUAUAUGGUUUUUAGUUUUUUUAUUUGUUUGUCAUACUAUUUUAAGACACGGCAAUGUAAGGUUACUGUAAACUAUUUGAAAAUAGUGUUGCUCUACAUUCUGUGUAAUGUUGAUAUUUUUGUAAGGCAAGAACAACAUGUUUGCUUUACAAUUAAGGCAGUUGGAGAGAAGUUUGAAUGCAGCUCAUGUUAGAAUGCGUUAUUUAAUACCUGGCCAAGUUAAUGACGCCUGACUGGCAAAUAUAAAACAAUGUAAGUAGUCAGACUGAGGAAUGCAUAUAAAUUAAUAAGGACAUUUUAUAGAUAAUACCUCAUAUCAAAAUGUAUCAUUUAAAUAAUUUAGCUUGCACAGGGUGUGAAAACCUACAGUGAGAAUGUCAAUGUCAAAAUCCAAUUUUUUUGUCGGAAUUGAUUGGCAAUGUUUUGAUACACGUUUUACAUUGCAUGAAAAUUAUUUUUUGGAUGGUUAUGGGUUUUUGGAUCGUGAAAUUAUUUUUAAUACAUGCACAUUUUUACAAAGAAUUUUGUACAAAAAAUCUCAUAAAAUGCCAAUAAAGAGUACUGUACCUCAAAUGUCUCGUCUCAGCAACAAUCAGUAAAUAACAGAGUAAUACUGAGUAUAUUUAGUAAUGCAUUUUGCAGUCAUAAUGAUAGACAGACUCCGCAUUUCCCGAUGGAUCGUGAGUCAACAUCGCCGCCAUAUUGCAACAGGCAACACAUACAU